ACCAAUAGUCUCCAGCCCUUCCCGAUCCCAAUACAUCUUCUCGAUAUUCGGGCUACAGCAGCACUUUCUCUGCCCAAGAAAAAGGCACGACGCCCAGGACCAUCCAACACAUUGGCCCCCAGCAUAUAUCGCCCAGUUAAUGUUCCUGCAGAUCGUUGAGUCUUACUAUGGACUACACCAUAUUCAUUACAUAUGCAAUCAAAUUGCAAUAUCGAAAUUUCGCCUCGUCUACUAAUCAAGAUGUUUGAAGGUCUCUUGACAGCUACAACACAUGACACUAGACAGUCUUAUGGGGCAGGACUACUUCGUUUCAAUCAAUUCUGUGAUGCAGAAUUAAUCCCGGAGGGGGCGAGAAUGCCCGCUUCAGCUAUACUUUUGGGUGCAUUUGUUGCAGAAUUUAUGGGGACAUGUACCGGUUCGUGCAUCCAGAAUUGGCUGAGUGGACUUCGAUUAUGGCACCUAUACAACAACGCAGCGUGGCAUGGUCAGGAGGGAUGGCUCCCAUCAUUGAAGAAAGCCGCAGAACGGAAGGGCGCAGUUUUUAAACGCGCUCAAUGGGGACCAAUCGAGCGUCACCAUCUUCUCGCUCUCCAUUCACAUCUUGACCUCUCAACACCUCACGGCGCUUCCACAUGGGCGAUAGCAACUACAGCAUACUGGGGUUGCCGUAGAUUGGGUGAAAUUAUCCCAAAAUCAGCAACUAAGGUCACGCCGGAGCAUGACAUUUUCUGUUCAACUCGAAUCACACGCUCAGUAGUAGGGGGACGACGAACUAUCUCUUUCCAUCUACCAUGGACAAAGACCACUAGGGAAAAGGGGGGUGAAUGUUUUCUCACUGAAAUUCCGGGUGAUCCAUUAUGUCCAGUCGCGGCAGUAGAAAAUCAUCUAAAGGUCAACCAUUCACCUCCUCCAAAUACUCCAUUUUUUGCAUUCAGAGAAGGUUCAUCGUGGACUAUCUGGGUCAAAUCGGCAUUUAUUGCUUGGUUUACCGGCAUCUUCAGACUGCAUAAUCUCGAGGAGGUCUUUGGACAUAGUUUCCGUAUUGGUGGAUCUUUGGCAUACCUAUUGCUUGGGGUACCUCCAGAGGUCAUCAUGAAGAUUGGAGGCUGGACGUCAUUAUGUUUCCUUAUAUACUGGAGAAGGCUGGAGAAGGUUAUUCCAUUAGCAGUGGCUCAAGCAAUGCAGUCGGAAUCACGUAUGAGGGCAUUCGCAUCAUCAUACAAUUUGCCAUUCACUACAGAAGAUCUAGAAUUUGACCUAUCUUAAAUAUCAUCUCACUUUGCCCAUGCUCUGUUGGGGUUUUCGGGUGGACCGGUCAAUUUUCACAUUCACC